GCGACAGUCUUGCUUCUAGGCCCCUCCCUGUGGGGCUCAGGACAUCUUCCGCCCGGGUUGUCACGCACCUCGAAGAAUUCGUGAUCCCGCGGGAAGCGCACGGCACGCGGCGCGAAUCGGAAGGGUGCCUCCCCAGCCGCAGGGUUCCUCUCCACGGGCAGCGGUUCGGCUGCCCCCGGCUCCCCGGCCAGGCGGGAAUAUAGUGCAGGGGGAAGCAACAUCACCACGGCCGCCGCGGCCCUUCGGCCACCGUCGGAGGGGUGGUGACGGACGUGACGUCUACUAACUUCCUGUGGCGACCCUGCGGGGCGGGACGCGACGCGCGGAGGAAAACUUGGUUAUGUUGGUGUCUCAGAGCUAAACUAUGAGCGAAUUUCGGAUUCACCAUGAUGUCAAUGAGCUGCUCAGCCUGCUCCGCAUCCAUGGCGGGGAUGGGGCUGAGGUCUACAUUGACCUGCUGCAGAAGAACCGGACGCCGUAUGUCACAACCACAGUCUCUGCCCACAGUGCCAAGGUCAAAAUUGCAGAAUUUUCUCGAACUCCUGAGGACUUUUUAAAGAAAUAUGAUGAACUGAAAUCUAAAAAUACAAGGAACCUUGACCCACUGGUGUACCUGUUAUCAAAACUCACAGAAGACAAAGAGACACUUCAGUUUUUGCAACAGAAUGCAAAGGAAAGAGCUGAGCUUGCAGCUAGUGCUGCAACUAGCAACACCACCAGCUUCAGCAUCCCUGUUGCAGCCUCUAAGAUGUCCACACAAGAGCUAGAGGAACUGAGGAAGCAGCUUGGCAGUGUAUCCACAGGCUCCACACUGCAGCAGUCUCUGGAACUUACAAGAAAGAUGCUUCGAGACAAACAGAACAAAAAAAAUUCAGGCCAGCCCCUCCCUGUCUUCCCAGCAUGGGUGUAUGAGAGACCAACAUUGGCUGGAGAUUUCCUGAUUGGCUCGGGCUUGAGCUCAGACACAGUUUUGCCUAUAGGUACAUUGCCCUUGGCCUCCCAGGAGUCAGCUGUGGUGGAAGAUCUGCUCUAUGUGCUUGUGGGUGUGGAUGGCAGGUAUAUCACUGCUCAGCCUUUGGCUGGGAGGCAGAACCGUACCUUCCUUGUCGACCCCAACCUGGACCUGUCCAUCCGGGAGCUAGUAAACAGAAUCCUCCCUGUGGCCGCCAGCUACUCUACUGUGACCAGUGUCCAUGUAUCUUUGCUGUAGGUUCAUUGAGGAGAAGUCUUCAUUUGAAUAUGGGCAGGUGAACCAUGCCCUGGCUGCUGCCAUGAGAACCCUAGUAAAGGAAUACCUGAUUCUGGUCACACAGCUGGAACAGCUGCACAGGCAGGGCCUCCUCUCACUGCAGAAGCUCUGGUUCUACAUCCAGCCAGCCAUGCGCACCAUCGACAUCCUUGCCUCCCUUGCCACCUCAGUGGAUAAAGGCGAGUGUGUGGGCGGGUCGACACUGAGCCUUCUUCAUGAUAGGAGCUUCAACUACACCGGGGACAGCCAGGCGCAGGAGCUGUGCCUCUAUCUGACCAAGGCAGCCAGUGCACCUUACUUCGAGAUCCUGGAGAAGUGGAUCUAUAGGGGCAUCAUUCAUGACCCAUACAGUGAGUUCAUGGUGGAGGAACACGAGCUGCGGAAGGAGAAGAUCCAGGAGGACUACAACGACAAGUACUGGGACCAGCGCUACACUGUGCUGCCGCAGCAGAUCCCAUCCUUCCUGCAGAAGGUAGCAGGCAAGAUCCUCAGCACAGGAAAAUACCUAAAUGUGGUCAGAGAGUGUGGUCAUGAUGUCACCUGUCCCGUAGCCAAAGAAAUCAUCUAUACCCUUAAAGAGCGGGCAUAUGUGGAGCAGAUAGAGAAAGCGUUCAAUUAUGCCAGCAAAGUGCUGCUGGACUUCCUCAUGGAGGAGAAGGAGCUGGUGGCCCACCUGAGGUCCAUCAAGCGCUACUUCCUGAUGGACCAGGGGGACUUCUUCGUGCAUUUCAUGGACCUGACUGAGGAGGAGCUCAGGAAGCCAGUGGAGGACAUCAUACUCACACGCCUGGAGGCCCUGUUGGAGCUGGCCCUGCGAAUGAGCACUGCCAACACUGACCCCUUCAAAGACGACCUCAAGAUUGAACUGAUGCCUCACGACCUAAUCACUCAGCUUUUGCGGGUUCUGGCCAUCGAGACCAAGCAGGAAAAGGCAAUGACCCAUGCUGACCCCACGGAGCUCACACUGAGUGGUCUGGAGGCCUUCUCCUUUGACUACAUGGUCAAAUGGCCCCUGUCACUGAUUAUUAACAGGAAGGCACUCACCCGCUACCAGAUGCUCUUCCGACACAUGUUCUACUGCAAGCACGUGGAGCGGCAGCUCUGCAGUGUCUGGAUCAGCAACAAGACGGCCAAGCAGCAUGCACUGCACUCCGCCAAGUGGUUUGCUGGUGCUUUCACUCUGCGGCAGCGAAUGCUCAACUUUGUCCAGAAUAUUCAGUACUACAUGAUGUUUGAAGUGAUGGAACCGACCUGGCACAUCCUUGAGAAAAACCUGAAAUCUGCCUCCAACAUUGACGAUGUCCUUGGCCACCACACAAGCUUCCUUGACAACUGCCUGAAGGACUGCAUGCUGACCAACCCUGAGCUGCUGAAGGUUUUCUCCAAGCUCAUGUCCGUAUGCGUCAUGUUUACCAACUGUAUGCAGAAAUUUACACAGAGUAUGAAACUGGACAGUGAGCUAGGCCGUCUGACACUGGAUCAGGGUAGUGUGCAGGGGCCACCCACAGAGACUGAACGGAUUGAGGAUCGCCCCCGGAAGGAGCUUACCAGGAAGCAUCUGUCUGAGCAUGUGGAUGCUCCUCAGCUGGCCUCUGGUUUCGAGGCCACCAUCAACAACUUUGACAAAAACUUCUCUGCCCAUCUUCUUGAUUUGCUGGCCCGACUAAGUGUCUACAGCACCAGUGACUGCGAACAUGGCAUGGCCAGUGUCAUCUCCAGACUAGAUUUCAAUGGUUUCUAUGCUGAACGCCUGGAACGUCUGUCUGCAGAAAGGAGUCAGAAGGCUGCCCCCCAAGUGCCUGUCCCACGGGGACCCUCAGCACCAGCACCCAGGGUGGCCAUUCCUGCGCAAUGAGCUCACUUGUUAAAUAUCAUUAUUUCUGGAACAUGGCUGUUGUGCAUUAUUACUGCUUAAAUAUGGUUUGAGUUUC